AUGUUAAAGUCCUCCCUGCUUCCUGUGGCCCGGCCAGCCUGGCCUGUUUUCUGUUCCUCACAUGAAUCAGUGACCUUCAAGGAUGUGGCUGUGGACUUCACCUGGGAGGAGUGGGGCUACCUGGACACUUCUCAGAAGGAGCUUUACUGGGAGGUGAUGCUGGAGAACUACAGGAACCUGGUCAGCCUGGGCCUUGCAGAUUCCAAUGUGGACAUGAUCUCUCAGCUGGAGUCAGGGGAAGCACAUGGGAUUCCAGUGGAUAGUGUCCUAAGAAGCUGCUGGCCAGAUGGGGACACCAGGCCUCAGACCAAGGAGUCAAUGCCAAAGUUAAGUAUGUCUAUAGAAGUCUUAUCCCAGCAAAAGUCCUUGUGUAAUGACCCAUGCAUCUCCAAAAUGGGGAAAACUUGGGAGUGUUGUGUCAAGAGCAAUGAGGAGAAACUCUCUAGACAAGGAAAAGUAAUCCAAGCAGAAACUGCUGAUGAAGUCAGAGGCUCUGAAUACAGUAGAUGCAGCCAAACCGUGAGCCCAGAGCUAGUCCUUUUUCCAAAAUGUGGAAUGUCUGUAGUAAUGGAUCUCCAUGAGAGUGGUAACCAGAGAAGGAGCUUGGAGUCAGACCAAAGACGAAGUAAUCAAAUCCAUUCACAGAAGAAAUAUUCUGAGGUUAACAAAUGUCAGAAAGCUUUUGGUUAUGAUUUGGACCAAAUUCAGAAACAUGGAAUUCAUGCUGAAGAGCAGCUUCAAGAAAGUGGGAAUUCUUUCUUCCCAAAUAAUGAAGUUACUCUAUGCCAGAGAACUCAUGCAGGAAAAAUGUCUUCUGAAUUGAUUAAAUGUGGGAAAACAUCCUGUCAAACGGCAGAUCAUACUCUACACACUAGUAUGGAAAGUCAAAACGAAUCUCACAAGUGCAGUGACUGUGGAAAAGUCUUCCAGCACAAGAAAAGUCUUACAAGACACUGCAGAUUUCAUACUGGAAAAAGACCCUAUGAAUGUAGUGAAUGUGGGAAGGCAUUCUUUUCAAGCAGUGACUGUUCUCAGCACCAGAAAACUCAUACAGGAAUAAAACCACAUAAAUGCAGCUUAUGUGGGAAAGUGUUCCAUCGCAAGUCUAAUUUUACCAAGCACAGUCGUAUUCAUACUGGAGAGAAGCCAUAUGAAUGCACAGAAUGUGGGAAGAUCUUCCGCCAGAAGUCACACCUUAGACAGCACUUCAGCAUUCAUACUGGGGAGAAACCAUUUAAGUGCAGUGACUGUGGAAAGACAUUCCGAUCAAACUCUAAUCUUACUCUGCACCGGAGAACUCAUAGUGGAGUAAGAAACCCUCAUCAGUGCAGUGUGUGUGGGAAAGCAUUCUCUCAGAAGUGUGGUCUUACCAAACACAGUCGUAUUCAUACUGGAGAGAAACCGUAUGACUGCAGUGUAUGUGGAAAGGCAUUCACUCAGAAGUCCGGUCUUACAAAACAUAGUAGUGUUCAUACUGGAGAAAAACCUUUUAAAUGUAGUCAUUGUGGGAAAGACUUUCCCCGCAGUGUAGCACUGGUUCGACAUCAGAGAACUCACACUGGAGAGAAACCCUAUGAAUGUAAUGAAUGUGGAAAGGCCUUCACCCAGAAUUCAAAUCUUUCAGUGCAUAAGAGAAUACAUACCAGAGAGAAACCCUAUGAAUGUAAUGAAUGUGGAAAGGCCUUCACCCAGUUUUCAAAUCUUUCAAUGCAUAAGAGAAUACAUACCAGAGAGAAACCCUAUGAAUGUAAUGAAUGUGGAAAGGCCUUCACCCAGAAUUCAAAUCUUUCAGUGCAUAAGAGAAUACACACCAGGGAGAAAUCUUAGGAAUGUGAUAAAUGCAGGAAGGCUUCCCCCAGAUCAGAGCACAUAUUCAACAUUAUAGAACUUGUGAUGGAGAGAAACCUUAUUAAUUUAAUCAUUACAGAAGAACUCUCUGAUGGGGUGAUCUGGAUUAGAAUGUAAAUUUUGAUAUUUUGUUUCCUCACUUUCUUUGCUGAAAUUAUCUUGUUUUAGAUGCCAGAAAGAAGGGGCUCUCGGCUUGUCCCCUUGUUGCUGUGGAGUCAUAGAAAUAGAUGUGGAAGGGAGGCCACUGGGCCCAGCCCCCUCCUUUUGCAGAUGAGUAAGCCAGCCUCAAAUGAGUUAAGUGACUUGUCCAGGGUCACAAGGGUGACCCUCAUGCCAAUUCCCUGAGAGUUGAGAUUUGUGCAGAGUGUUAAAUGCCAAAGGGACGACUUUGUAUUUGAUCCUAGAAGGAAUAGGGAGCCACUGGAGUUUAUUGAGGGACAGUGGGGGGUGCCAUAGUCAGACCUGUGCUAUAGGAAAAUCAUUUAGUGACUUGUGCAUGGAGGGCUGGAGUGGGGAGAGGCUUGAGGCAGGAGACCCAGAUAACAGGAGGCUGUUUAUAAAAUUCGGGUGAGAGAGUAAGAAGGUGCACACUAAGGUGGUGGAAGGGAAGGGCAUCUUUGGGAAGAUGUGUCUUGGCCAGGGAUUUGGUGGAGUCAAGGGCGACCCUAUAGAUGGAUUGUCCCCAUAUUCCUCACCCCCAGGCUUUGUCAGGUAAGCAGAAUUGUCCUCUUUCCUGAAGUGGUAUCUCUAAUCAUGGUGUAGACAGGUCAUUUCUCCAGUCCUCUCUGUCAUCAGAGGAACAGAGGGCAAGAAGCCAUUCCAUCAACAGAUCUCAGUGGAUUGAUACCUUCCUCCUUGCCAGACCCUGGGGGAAACACAUCAGAAACCCAGAAAGGCAGAAACCUGGGCUUAUUUCAAGAGCGUGAAGAAGUGCAUACCAGAUGUAUAGGGAAUUGUAGGAGCCGACCUUAGAGGGUCCCUGGCUUCCUUCGGGCCCUGCUGCAGUCACCUCUUCUGUAAGGAGCUUUUCCUGGUCCCCCUUAAUGCCAGUGCAGCACCCCACACAGACCCCCUCCCCAGAUGGACCCUCGCCUUCUGUGUCUCAUUUGUACUUUGCCCUUUGCAGGUUGUCUCUCCACUAGACACCAGGAGCUCCUUGAGGGCAGUGCCUGGGUUUGGUCUUUCUUUGUAUCCUCAGUGCUUAGCACAAUGUCUGGCACCCAGCAGACACUUCAUGAAUGCUCAUGUACCUGACCUGAGUCAGCAGGUGGGGGGAAGCCUGAAAAGUAGCCUGUCCUGGGAGACUUUCUCUCAUCUUCUCAGUGGUUAUUGCUAACUCCCUCCCCAAAUGUCCCAAUCCAGUGGCCUCUUCUCAGGCCUCAUCUUGUCUUCCCUGACAAUUUCAUGGCUCUGCUCCCUCGGGGUCCCCUCCUCCUUGUCUGACCACUCCUCCCUUCUCUGCCUCCUUUGCUGGGUGAGCAUCCGUGUCAUGCCCUCUGUCUGAGAGGCUUCUCCAAGGCUCUGGCCUGGACCUUCUUUCUUCUCUCCCUAAACUCUUUCACUUGGGGAUCUCAUCUGAUGCACUCCUUUACACUUGUUUUUCUACAACUAAUAAAUAGGACAUUUUAAAGUGGAUGCCCCAUAGGCAUCUCCCACUUACCAUCUCCCAGGACAACUCAGUAUCUUUCCCCAAACCCUCCCUGUUUCUGAACCUGGCUAUUCCCUUGGAGGAUACCAACACCCUCCAGGUCACCCAGGCUGGCAGCGUCAUUGUUCCCUUUGACCGUUCCCUCCCUCUCUCAGCCUACAUAUGGGGUCAGCUGCCCAGUUGAGUGAUUUCUCUUUUUACACGAUCUCUUCCCUGCACACAUCUGCUCUGUCCAGUGCCCCAGCCCUCCCCCUGGUGCAGGCUCUUGUCAUCUCAUCCUGGACUCUUACCAGAGCCUGCUUGUUGGUCUCCCAGCCUCCAGCUUCUCCCCAGACCAGUUCAUCCUCCACUCACCUGCCAAAGUCAUUUUCUUUUUUAAAUUCAAACUACCUCACUUAAGCACUAGUGUUCUUGCUCUCUGGAUGGGAUUUUUCUGAGUUCCCUUCUAUAGGCAUCUUCAGCACAAAGACCAUUUUCUACUUUUUCUUCUCCAAUUUUUCCAUUUGAAGUUCCCAUUCAGUUACAAACUCUACACUUUCCCUUACCUCCUAACGUGAGAAGAUGCAUCUAGGAUGCUGAAAUCUGAUCUCAGCAGGAGCACAUUUAUAGAGGCAUUCUUGAAAAUGCUGGCAAAGGCUUCUUUUAAGUUUCUGUCUUGGGGGAGGAGCCAAGAUGGCGGAGUGAAAGCAGUGACUUGCUUGAGUUCUCCAAACCCCUCCAAAUACUCAUA